AUGGACCGGUUCCACGACGGGCAUCACGUGUGGCUGCGGAGCCGCGCGCACGGCCUGUACCUCCACGCCGACGCCGACGACGGGAGCAGUGUCUACCUGCACCGGGUCCGAGCGACGGUGCGCGCGGCGUGGGCGGUGCAAAUACUCCGCAACAGCGACUCCGGCGGCGGCCAGAUGCUCAUGCUCCAGAGCGCUGCCAACGGACGGUACCUGGCGGCCACGACCUCGGCGUGGGCGGCGGCCGCGGCGCGGUUUGGCCUCGGCGGCAACCGCGUCACCCUGCGCGACUUCGACCAGAACCCGAUGCACGCAGCCGGCUGGUUCCCUAUCAGGUCGGGAUCCGGGGACGACGUCCUGCUGGGUCACGCCAGCAACCGAUGCCUCCGAGCUAUCGACAGGCGGGCAUGGUGGGGUACCAACGAAAUCACCGUUGUCAUGUCCGACGGCCCCUGCACACCCUGGGUGGUGGAGGCCAUCCCCCCGAGAGAUUCCAUACCUCGCCUUCCAAAUCCUUCGUCCGCAGUUGACAUUAUGCGGGCUAUCCGGUUCGUGCGAGCAGAGCGAGCAUUUCCUGAUGAGAGUUUCCCCCCAGUCGGGUGGGGUUGUUUCCACUUCACCGGAGUGUCAUUGUUCAAACUGAGGAUCGAACUGGCAAAGAGGUUGGGCUUCACAGUGGUUUCUGACGUCAUUAUGUGUGUUCGAGGGGGCUUAUUUGGACGGCUGACUCCUCUGUUUACCGAUCUACCUUUCAACAAUGUGACCAUGGAGAUCAUUGUUGUCACAGCCGGGACAAUCGCGGCCAACGAGUUGAGAUUCCCCAAUGUUGAUGCAGUCUGGAGGAAGACAGAACUACAGGAGCAGAACCUCUGACAGUUAUUUCACCAUUCAGAAAUUUUUUCGCUGCCUCAUACCGAAUGACAGGAGUAGGCCUUAUGUUUUUUUUUCCCCAUAGAUAUAGAUGCAGAAAAAAAAACCAUCAUCUCGUCUGUUUCCCGGUUGUUAGCUAUGGAACAGUAUGCUUUGAAGUUUAGAAUGCCUGAACAAUUGUGCACGUUCUGACAUUUGCUGUGGUUUCCGUUGUUAUCUGUAUGAUAUGAAUGAUCAUCCACACAUUUGCAGGAGUGAA